AAUCAAAUUCCCACGCUUCACAGAUCUCACCAAGAGCAAGAGCUUCACACCGGAAAAUGUGGCAUUGAUUCACCCUCGCCACAGGGUUUAAGUCGGUGCACGGAUUCUGAAUUGGUACCGGCGAUUCUAGAUGGACGUGGAGAGAUCGUCGCUCUGCAAUUGCGUAGUCAAUUUCCUGCUUGAAGAGAAUUACUUGCUGUCGGCGUUCGAGCUUCUCCACGAGCUCCUCGAGGAUGGACGCGACAAUCACGCUAUUCGCCUCAAGGAAUUCUUCUCCGAUCCCGCUCACUUUCCGCCCGAUCAGAUCUCCCGCUUCAACACUCUACGAGUGGCAGAUCCCCAGAGCCUAUUUGAAGAGAAGGAAUCAUUGGAAGAAAAGUUGGCUGUCCGGGAAUAUGACCGUCUAGCUCAAGAAGACAUUGUUAACCUCAAAACUGAGUUGCUCAAGAAAGCUGAAACAACCUUGGAUGAAUCAAGAGAUCCGAAUGUUAACAAUACUACAGCAAAUAAUGGACCGGUUUCCGAACUGAUAAAAAGGGACACCUCUUCAUCAGAUUUGGGUCCUUUGAAGGAUAAUGAACGAUUGGAUAUCAAUUGUGCAGUGAAGGAGUAUCUAUUAUUGGCAGGAUACCGUUUAACUGCAAUGACAUUUUACGAGGAGGUCACUGACCAAAAUUUGGAUGUUUGGCAAAACUCGUCUGCAUGCGUACCAGAUGCAUUGCGACACUAUUAUUACCAGUAUCUUUCUUCAGCUAGAAAUGCUGCUGAGGAGAAAAUGGUGAUCCUUCAAGAAAAUGAAUCGUUGCUCAAAGAAAAUGAAAGGCUACAAAGUGAUAUGCAAUCGUUGUUGAAAGAAAAAGAAACGCCAGAUGCUCAAGUCAUGUCAUUGACAAAUUCUUUGGAAUUGCUCCAAAAAGAUAUAAAGGAAAAAACAAAUACAGUCCAAGCUCUGAAGAAAACUUUGAAAAGUCAGAAAAAAGAACUAGAUGAUUGUAGAGCUGAAAUAACUUCACUGAAAAUGCUUAUUGAAAGAGCUCGAUCUGGAAACAUUCUGUUGCAAGCAGACUCUGAACCUGCUCAUUCUGCAAGGAGCAAUAACGAUGAUAUGAGACCUCUUCCAAAUGAAGUAGAUAUGUCAAAAUCCAACACUUCUUUGAAUACGGGCCUUGAGUCAUUGAGGACAGAUGUAGGGAUAAUGGGGGAAGUGGACAUUGUUAAAGAGGCACAAGUCAAUGAUAAGGAAACAUCUGCAGAUGGUUCAUUGGCUGUUUUAACUGUUGCAGAUACUGACAUGACAGGGAAACAGAAAUCUGAUGAUGCAAUUAGCAUAACUGAUACAAUUCCAGAAGACUUAUUAACUCCUCAAUGUGAAAGUGGAUUUGUUGGAACACCUUCCCUAGGAAAAGAUAAACUUGUGAUAAUGUCUCCCAAACUUGAUGCUGAAUUACAUACUGAAAAGAUGGGAGUGGGAACCAUACAGAUAUUAUCAAAUGCUUUGCCUAAAAUCGUGCCUUAUGUUCUAAUCAACCAUCGAGAGGAGCUUCUUCCUCUGAUUAUGUGUGCAAUCGAGCGUCAUCCGGAUAGUGCAACACGAGACUCCUUGACUCACACGUUGUUUAAUCUGAUAACGCCUGAUGAGCAGCAGAGACGGAUUAUAAUGGAUGCUUGUGUUACUCUUGCCAAGAAUGUAGGGGAGUUGAGAACCGAAACAGAAUUGCUGCCCCAGUGUUGGGAACAAAUUAGUCACAUGUGAGAGCGUAGACUGCUUGUUGCUCAAUCAUGUGGUGAACUUGCAGAAUUUGUAAGGCCUGAGAUACGUGAUUCACUCAUCUUGUCCAUAGUUCAACAGCUCAUGGAGGAUUCUGCUACAGUUGUCAGGGAGGCUGCAGCUCUUAACCUGGCUUUGUUGCUGGCACUCUUCCCAAAUACAGACAAAUAUUUCAAGGUUGAGGAGAUGAUGUUUCAGUUGGUUUGUGAUCCCUCUGGUAUAGUUGUUGACACUAAAAAGGUUUUGGUUCCGGCACUCAUAAAUUGGGGAAACAAGCUGGACCACAUUCUACAAGUUUUGCACUCUCACAUGUUGGGAUCUGCUCAGCGUUGCCCUCCUCUUUCAGGGGUUGAGGGUUCCAUUGAGUCACAACUUCAUGUUUUAGGUGAAAGAGAACGUUGGCACAUUGAUGUUCUAUUGAGGCUGCUUGCUGAACUACUUCCGUAUGUGUACAAGAAAGUUGUUGAGACUUGUCCUUUCUCUUCAGAUUCAGAUUCUACAGGAAUCUCUUUCACGCCAUCUUUGCUCGAACAAUAUGCAGAGGGACAAGUGGAAUGGCCAGCCUUUGAUUGGUUGCUUACUGAGUGCUUUCCUAAUUUGAUUCAGUUGUGCUCAUUAUUGCCUCAGAAGGAAGAUAAUUUAAGAAUCCAUGUUACGAAGUGGCUGUUGGAGAUGAUGCUGAUUUUAAAUCGUUCCCACCUAAGGCCAGGUCUAAAAUUAGAGGUUUGACACCUAAAUCUGCAUUUGCUCAGAGACUUGCUACAAUGUGCGUCCUACCGCUUCUCCUGGCAGGCAUUCUAGGACAACCAAGCAAGCGUGCCAGCCUAACAGUGUACUUAAGGAAUCUUCUGAUUCAAAGAUCUAG